UCAACCAUGGGAUGGCUUUUAGAGGAGGAACCCUUAAGCCAUAAUCAGAAUUAUUUCUAUAAAAAUAGUGUGUCCUCAGAGGACUCAUUGCCCCAUCAAUUCUCUUCACCACAGCCACAGGUUGAGGUUGAAAGGUCUACUUCACCAUCCCCAGACUCUACCAUGGUCAAGAAGCUUAACCACAACGCUAGUGAACGUGAUCGCCGCAAGAAGAUCAAUGGUUUGAUUUCUUCACUUCGUUCACUUCUUCCAGUGGCAGAUCAAACGAAGAAAAUGAGCAUUCCUGUAACAAUUUCGCGAGUCUUAAAAUACAUACCCGAGUUACAAAAGGAGGUGCAAGAACUAACGAAGAAAAAAGAGGAGCUUCUAUGGAGAAUUUCUCAGCAAGGAGAUGCAUUUAUCAAAGAAUUUCAAAGGGAAAUUACCCACUACGAUUCUGGUUUUGUUGUUUCAACAAGUAGACUAAACGAUAGUGAGGCCGCCUUUAACAUUUCUUCUCAUGAGGUUCACAAUAAGGCUCCACUCUCUGAAAUUUUGCACUUUUUAGAAAAUAAUGGGCUCUUUCUGCUAAACGCUUCUUCUACUGAAACCUUUGGAGGGAGGGUCUUCUACAAUUUGCAUUUCCAUGUGGAAAAAACUUAUAGAUUAGAGUCCGAGAUUCUAAUUGAGAAGCUUUUGUCAAUAUAUGAGAAGAGGCAAAGGGUUUUCUAA